AUGGAAAAAAGCAAUAAGGGCGUGCAGCUGGUUGGCUUCUGGGUUAGCCCAUUCGUGCAUAGGGUGAAAUGGGGAAUGAAACUGAAGGGCAUCGAGUUUGAAUACAUUGAAGAAGAUGUGUUCAACAGAAGCCCUCUUCUCUCUCAGAUCAACCCUGUCACCGGAAAAGUGCCUGUUCUUGUCCAUGAUGGAAAUCCACUGCCGGAAUCCUCUAUAAUCCUCGAGUACUUAGACGAGGUUUGGAGCCACGCCCCGUUGUUGCCGCUUGACGCUUACCAAAGAGCCCAAGCUCGCUUCUGGGCUACAUUUGCAGACCAAAAGGUUUUUGAAUCAGCAUGGCUUAGUGUGUGCUCAAAGGGAGAAAUUCAGGAGAAAGCAGUGAAAGAUGCGAUUGGGCAUCUUGAAAGGAUGGAAGAACAGCAAGGAGGAAGGCGUUUCUUUGGAGGCGAUACGAUUGGGCACGUUGAUCUCAUGAUGGGAUUCGUCGCGUACAUGUUGCCUGUUUGGGAGGAAGUUGCCGCCGUCACAAUUUUGGAUGCUUCCAAGUUUCCUAAUUUAGCGGCGUGGAAGAGUAAUUUUGUUGAUCACCCGGCGAUCAAGGGUGAUUUGCCCUUCAAAGAUGAGAUGUUCACUUAUUUCCAGGGGCGCCGUGAGGUUCAUUUGCAGAGGAUCUAGUAAGCUUGUUAUUUGUGCGCGCCUGGAUAAAUUAUACAUGCAUGUACUAUGAAUCAUGUACUACUCACUCCGUUCCAUGUUAAUAAAGUUAUUUUUAUAUUU